UAUAUAGCAGCAGAUAAGAUUAGUAGUGUUGCUCAGAUUGUAGCAUCAGCUAUGGCAACAAGCGGUGUAAAGCUUUAUGGAGGGCGGCCGAGCCCAUAUGUCAACAGGGUUGUGAUGGCUCUUGAGAUGAAGUCCGUCGAUUAUGAGUUAGUUGAAAUGAAUCCAUACGAAAAAUCCGAGCUUCUCAUCAAAAUCAACCCCAUUCACAAGAAAAUCCCAGUGCUUGUUCAUGGUGAUAGGCCUAUCUGUGAGUCUCUUAUCAUUGUUCAGUAUAUUGAUGAUGCAUGGACUAAUGGCCCUUCCAUCCUUCCUACCGAUCCCUAUGACCGUGCCACAGCUCGAUUCUGGGCUGCUUUUAUUGAUGACAAUUUUUUUCCAUUACUCAGGGAAAUGAGGGAGGCCGAAGAGGAGGCGAAAAGGCUGGUUUUCGAGAAAGUACUUGAAGCAUUUGCAUUGUUGGAGGAGGCAUUCAUCACCAUCAGCAAAGGCAAAGCUUUCUUUGGUGGAGAUACUGUUGGUUACCUUGAUAUAGCUCUAGGGAGUUUUGUUGGAUAUCUAAGGCUGAGUGAGAUGUUGAAUGCGAAUUACAAGAUCCUUGACGAAACCAAGACUCCUCUUCUGGCUGAAUGGGCAGAGAGACUUUACUCAGACAGUCUUGUUAAGGAUGCUAUGCUGGACCCUCAGAAGCUUCUAGAAUCUCUCACAAAGUUUCAGGCCAUGCCAAAAACUGAUUCUAAUUGAAUGGUUGUUUUCAUUGUUCCGUUUUGUGCUCUUAUCUAUCAGUGUUGUUAUUGGAAAUAUUCUCCAUCUUUCUUA